CCUGCACCACUGCAGCAGCCUGGCCCACAUCAACAGCCUGGCCAACCUCUGUCAUCAGGAGCUGUAACAUCGGCUGCAGAGCAGUCAGAGCAUGUGGAGGACAGUGUAAAUGCCACACCAACUCCUGGAACGGAGGCACGGAUGUUCUGGGCCGAUUCACCUGUCGGCUUCAUUCCUACAUCAUCCGCUGCCACAAGCUGUGCCCAUGCACCAACUGCCACUACGAGUGCUGCCUCUGCAACUACCAGCGUUCGUACCCUAAGGAGCAACACACCAGUAGCUCCAGAAAUCAGCUUGCCCAUGGUGGAAGUGGCCGGCCCUGAAGGAAGCAUGUUAGUGCACAGACCAUGGACUAGCGCUGACAUAGCUGACUUUGCUCAAAAUCUCCCAGACAUCACUGUAUCAGGAAAGACAUUUGGUGCCAACCUUCUGGCUUUCUGCCAGGAGUACAGACCCACUGGAGCUGAGAUCCGUCGCAUCCUGGCCAAACGUCUUGCACCUUGUGAAUACCAAAAGCUGGCUAGACAAUUGCCUGAUCUGACACUGGCUCUCAAACACAAAGACUGGACAAAAAACUUAAAUGAUGGAUUCGUUACCGCAGUGAGGACGCUUGUUGCCCACCUCGAAACUGCGUUCCCUGAUAAAGUCUGUAUGAUUAAAGUCACUACAUGCAAACAACAACCGGAGGAAUCAGUUGAUGACUUUGUUCACCGCCUCACCACUACAUACAACACACACGGAGGAGUUCAUCCUCCCCCUGAAGGAGUGGGAGGACUCGUUUGUUCAACAUACGAGAGUCACCUGUGUGAACUGGUGAUGAAAGGCUUACUCCCUGAAGUUUUUGACGCCGUGAAGCAGUCAUACAUCGGAUGGAAAGAAGAAGCGCGUCUGUCUGACCUCACAAGACACGCACGCCAUGCUUAUGACACUCUCCAGCAGAGGAAGAUGGCGAAGAAGGAAAAACAACAGAGCGAAUUGUAUCUGCCAUCCUUGGAGAUGUUCUCUGCAAUGCAUAACAAUAACAGAGGAGCGGGCAGGUUUCGCGGGCGAGGAAGAAGAGACUUCAGACGGAAUUGGCCCAACAGAGACACAGGAGGCGCAUCUGGAGAUCCAGGAAACGCUUGCCACAUCUGUGGCGAGAUGGGACAUUGGAAGAAGUACUGCCCCCGGCUACGUCAGGUUCCACCCUCCCGGGCACUCUCGUCAGACUGACUAGAGAAGGAGCCCAGCGAAGGUUUCCGUUCACAUGAUGACGUAGACGGUGAAAGCGGCUCUGCCCAAACAGGCGACAGAACCACUGCACAUCAUUCAACCAGGAGACUGGGUGAUCAUUAAGGAGCUUCGCAGGAAGCACUGGAACUCAAAGCGGUGGCAAGGUCCCUUCCAAGUCCUUCUGACAACC